AUGAAAGCACCAACACCAGUUUCUUCCUUAGUUCAUUCAUCAACUCUUGUUACUGCAGGAGUAUACUUAUUAAUUCGUUUUAAUAAAUUUAUUUCAAUUGAGUUGAAUUUAAUUUUAUUAAAUUUGAGUUUGUUGACUAUUUUACUUUCUGGCAUGGGGGCAUUAUAUGAAAAUGACUUAAAAAAAAUUAUUGCUUUUUCUACUAUAGGUCAACUUAGAUUUAUAAUUUUUUCAAUUUUAAUAGGUUCUCAUUAUUUAAGAUUUUUGCAUUUAUUAAUUCAUGCUGUUUUCAAGUCUUUACUAUUUUCAUGCUCUGGAAUUUUUAUUAGAGGAUUUAUAGGUAUACAGGAUAUUCGGUAUAUAGGUAAUUUAGGAUUUCAAAAUCCUUUAAUUAGAUCAAGUUUUUUAAUUUCUUUAUUUAGAUUAUGUGGUUUACCUUUUACAGGGUUUUUUUCAAGGGAUUUUAUUAUUGAAAUAGUAAUUUUAACUGAAAUUAAUAUUUUAUUUUAUUUUAUUUUUUUAUCAAUUUAUUUAACUUUAAUUUAUUCUUCACGAUUAUUUUUUUAUUUAUAU